AUGGGUUUUGCGAGCAAGUCUGUUUCCCCUGUAGAAGCCCUAGGACCGCCCAACACAGGAGCGGCGCCAGUUGAGAGUUCGCCAGCAACUGAUGGAGCAGAAAAGUCGUCGGAGCAAGGCUCGAAGGAAGCGGAAACGUCGUCGGAGCAAGACUCGAAGGGAGCGGAAACGUCGUCGGAGCAAGACUCGAAGGGAGCGGAAACGUCGUCGGAGCAAGACUCGAAGGGAGCGGAAACGUCGUCGGAGCAAGACUCGAAUGGAGCAGAAACGUCGUCGGAGCAAGACUCGAAUGAAGCGGAAACGUCGUCGGAGCAAGACUCGAAUGAAGCGGCCGAGCAAGCCUUCUUUGAGGCAGCAAUGGAGGAGUGGCAACAACUCAUCGACGCCGAGAAGGCUUGGGAGGAUGCGUGGGCCAGCGCCGUAGCUGAAGCGACGACGAAGGCAGAACGCACUUGA